AUGAAACGGGAGCUCGAUUUGCAGACCUCUUCAACAAAAUGGACUCCCAAGGAACUUUCCAAAACAGGAUUCGAGCUGAUACAGCAUUUCCUACCCGCUCAGUUCCCCGCUUCGGUAGCUCCCGGUUAUGCUCAAUUUUGUGGAUUCUGCUUUUUGGCAUCGGUUUCGGGAAGUGCCGGCAUGGUGCUAUCAACGCAAACUCUUUUGCUUGCAAUUGGUGUUGUGGGAAAUGCGCAUUCGGCAUCAGUCAUGGCGGGCGCCCUUAAUUGGGUUUUAAAAGACGGUAUUGGACAGCUUGGUGGCGUCAUUUUUGCCAGUCGAAUGGGAGAGACUCGUCGUUUCGAUGCUAAUCCCAAGAAAUGGCGAAUGAUGGGCGCUCUUUGCCUCGACUCGGCUAGCCUGUUAGACAUUUUGUCACCGUUUGCGCCGUCCGCGGUAGUACUGCCUCUUGCGUGUUUCGCCAAUGCGCUCAAAAACAUUGGAUACCUAACGGUGGGCGCGAGCCGAGCUGCCUUGCAUCAAGCUUUGACGAGAGCAGGUAACUUAGGAGACGUCACAGCCAAGGCUGGCUCUCAGUCAAUUGCAGCUGGCUUGCUGGGAACCGGCGUGGGUAUUGGCCUUUCUGCUGCAAUGGGUCACGACGCGGGUAACUUUGUGCUUGGUUUCUGUGGACUAAGUCUCAUUCAUCAGCUAUGCAAUUUUGCUGCUCUACAGCACGUCGACUUGCAUCACUUCAACCGUCAUCGCUUGUACCUUGUUCUCGACCACUAUCUGCGACACGGGAAAGUUUUGUCACCCAGGGAGAUCGCGACCAAAGAAUCUUUCUUUCCCCUUCUCCGAGAAGACGAUACUGCCUCAUGGCUUUCGAUUGGCAGCGCGCUAACUGCUAUAAGCCCGGGAGGUCCAAAUGAAUUGACGCAAUUGCUGAAAGCAUGCCCGGACGAAUCAUACAUCAUAAAUUGCACGAACGAUGGAAAGAUACAUGUGGUGUUUUUGCAGGACGCCCAGGGCGAAGAUCUUGUCAAAGGUAUGUUUCACGCAUGUUUUCUUCGUAAGAAGACUGGUCUUAGUAUUGAUGGGGUUGAAGCUGUUGUUGCAACUCAUGAAGAAACGAAGGUACGGUUCCCUCACUUCUUAGAGGAGCUGAAUCGGCAGGCGUGGAACAUAUCAACAAACGUAACGAACAUUGAAUCGAGUAGCCGUGCAGUGCGGUUUAUCCUCAACUGA